GGGUGAGAGAAAAAAUCGAUGCAUCGAUGCAUCUUUUUUCUUUCUCUAACGAUUCAAAAUCGAUUCUCAAAUAUUCAGAAUCGAUUCUGUGUUAUAUCAAAUUGCGACUGCGCGCUGGAAACAUAAACAUUACAACGCUCGCCUCUUACAUAUGCUGCUCUUCAUUUGAACAAUGGACAAACUACAUCCUGCACCAUCAAAUUUAAAAUCGACUGUAUGGCAACAUUUUGGAUUUUGUGAAGACAAAGAGAAAGGGGUCGUUGAUAAAAGUCAUACUGUGUGCAAAGUCUGUCGCGCCAAAUUUAAGUAUUUCGGGAACACUACUAAUAUGAAGAAACAUAUAACACGGUUCCACUCAGAGCUGCAGGAACGGACUUCGGUCCCGAUCGCGUCCAGCGCCGGUUUCACUCAAAGGACCCUCGAGCAAGUAGCAAAGCUUCCAUCCAAUUCUGAAAAAGCCAAGCGAAUUACACGGUCAGUGGCGGGUUUCAUUGCCAAAGAUUUGCGUCCUUACUGUGUAGUGGAGAACGAAGGAUUUCGCUCAAUGUUACAGGUGCUUGAGCCAAGAUAUAGUGUGCCGUCACGACGUUAUUUCAGUGACACUGCAAUACCCGCACUCUACAGGGAGACUAAAGCUCAAAUUUUAGAAUCAAUAAGUAAUACGUACAGGAUUGCAAUAACAUGCGAUGCAUGGACAUCAAUUUCAACAGACUCGUAUGUCACCAUUACGGCUCUCUACAUCACGGAUGAGUUUAAGCUCACGGCUUGUGUUCUGCAAACGCGGGCUAUGAAUGAAAGCCACACAGGCACAAAUGUUGCUGAACUUUUGCAAAGUGUUGCAAACGAAUGGAAAAUUGCAAACAAAAACUUAGUUUUGGUGACUGACAAUGCCUCUAAUAUGGCUAUUGCAGCACAGCUUAGCAAGUUCCCACAUGUGAGAUGUUACGCACACACACUUAAUUUGGCCUCUCAGCGAGCGCUAAAGUUGCCGGCAGUUUCAAGGCUGUUAGGGAGAGUGAGGCGCAUUGUAACGUUUUUCCAUCGCAGCACAACUGCAAAGCAUCAGUUGGAGGAGAAACAAAAACAGCUUAAUCUGCCAUCUCAUAAACUAAAAUCUGAUGUCAUCACUAGAUGGAACAGCGCAUAUGAGAUGCUUGAACGAUUCAUUGAGCAACAACCGGCUGUCUGCGCUGCGUUACUGUCACCUGAGGUGAGAAAAGGAGCGUCUGAAAUCUUCAGUCUUACAGAGUCAGAUAUUUCAUGUGCUGAAGAUGUUGUAAACGCCCUCAAGCCUAUGAAAGAUGCCACCCUUCUAAUGUCAGAGGAGAGCAGCCCCACAGCAUGUUUGAUUGCUCCAUUGCAUGCUAAGUUGAUCCAGGACAUGAAAGAAAACACUGAGGAAAAAACAGUGAUCAGGGAGAUAAAGAGGGUCAUCAGUGAGGACCUCAGCAGAAGGUACACCACUGUGCAGGAGACCAAUCUUCUUCACAAAUGUGCUUCUCUGGACCCGCGCUUUAAGGCACUGCCCUUUCUUUCCAAAGAAAAGAGAGAAGAAGCGUACAAAACAGUGACUACUGAAGCUUCAUCAUUGCAAGAGGAAGAUAAGGCAAAAGAGCAGGAAAAUCCAGAAGACAGCACAGUGACAGAAGCCAGCAACUCAGUGAGCCCACAGCCUAAAGUCGCAGAGAAUCAGGAUGACCGUCCUUCUACUUCAACAGGAAGAGCUUCAUCUUUGCUUCAGUGUCUGCUGGGACAGACCUUCUCUGAUGCUUCUGUUACACCACAUCAUCAGUCAGCCCAUGCCAUAGCUGAAGAGGAGAUGACCAGAUAUCUGGGUUCUCCACCACUCUCUCUAUCUGAGGACCCCCUCAACUGGUGGCAUGUAAACAAGGUGUCGUUUCCUUUGCUCUCCAAAAUGGCAAAGAGGUAUUUAUGCAUUCCUGCAACCAGUGUCUCUGCAGAGAGAGUCUUUUCCACUGCAGGAGAUAUUGUUACGGCCCAGCGAAGCACACUUACUCCUGAACAUGUGGACCAACUGCUCUUCCUUCACAAAAAUUUGAACUUGGCAAUAUAAUUACAAUACAUAAACUAUGGUGAGAUGUUAGAUAUUUAAGUUAUUUAAUUUGUACCUUGAUAUUUUUUUGCAGUAUGAUUGAAAGAUAAUUCAUUGCAGCUCUGAAGAUAAUUCUAAAGGUUCUAAACAAAAAUAAAUAAGACAUUCCUUCCUUUGUUAAAAGGUUCUAAACAAACUGAAAACAACACAUUUGUUGAUUUGUUGUUACAAUUGUUCUUAGUAAUUGUUCAUCCUGAUAUAAUUUUGUUAAAAUAAAAGCUAUAAAAGUC